AUGGAACAACCUGAUAUUCAAAACGCAAAUAGUUUCAAUGAUAAUGAUAGUAAUAUUAGUAGCCAACAAUAUGAAGAUAGUGACUAUGACGAUGAAUCUAGUUAUGGUGAAGAAGAAUCAGAUGAUGGUAAUGACUUGGAAGAUGAACCGAAACUUAGAUAUCGUCGUGUUGGUGCAAGUGUACGUGAUUUAUUGGAUCGAGAUACUGCUUCUACUUUGAAAGUAUCUGACAAAUUUGUGACACUUGGAACUCAUUGGGGUGCUGUUCAUAUCUUGGAUUUUGAAGGUCAUUUGGUGAAAAGUUUUCAACAACAUACUGCUACUGUCAACGAUAUCUCCAUUGAUGCUUCUGAAGAAUAUAUUGCUAGUGCUUCUGAUGAUGGUAAAGUAUAUAUUUAUGCACUCUAUACUCCAGAAAUCCAACAUUUUGACUACCGACGACCGGUGAAAUCAGUGGCUAUUGAUCCUGAUUAUGCUCAUAAGAAAACAAGACAGUUUGUAUCCGGUGGUAUGGCAGAACAAUUGAUCAUGAAUGAAAAAGGUUGGCUUGGUCAUCAGAAUACAGUGUUACAUGCGAAUGAAGGUCCUAUUUAUUCAAUUCAAUGGAAAAAUAACUUUAUUGCUUGGGCUAAUGAUACGGGUGUCAAAGUAUAUGAUACCAUUUCCAAUUUACGUAUUACCUAUAUUGAUCGUCCUGCUGGAAGUCCUCGAGCUGAUCUAUAUAAAUGCCGUUUAGUCUGGAAAAAUGAUACCACGCUUAUGAUUGGAUGGGCUGAUACUGUCAAGGUGGCUGUUAUCAAGGAAAAACCAAAACAAUUACAAACACAAGGACAACCUUCACAUUAUAUGGAAAUUGUUACCAUGUUCCAAACUGAAUAUAUUAUCAGCGGGAUAUCACCCUUCAAUGAUACUAUUCUGAUAUUGGCUUACAUGCUGGAUGAAGAUGAUACGUCAUUGAUGGAAGAUGAUACUCAACAAAACGACACCAAUCAUCAACGAAGAAGACUUGCCUCACGACCAGAAUUACACAUUAUUGAUCCUCAACUGGACAAUGAAGAAAUAUCAGCAGAUGUAUUAGCACUCAAUGGAUAUGAACAUUAUCAACCCAAUGAUUAUGUCUUAGGUUUUUUAGCAGAGGAAGAUAUGUUUUAUGUGAUGGGACCUAAAGAUUUGAUUGUGGCAAGACCGCGUGAUGUGGAUGAUCAUAUUGAAUGGCUUAUGGAACAUGAGAAAUAUGGUGAAGCUUUGGAGGCUGCACAACAAGCUGCUGCAACAGCUCAACAAAAUUCCGUAGAUAUCUCUAGCAUUAGUCGAUUCAAUGUUUACGAUAUUGGUGAAACUUAUCUCAAUUGGCUUAUCAAGGAACGACAAUUUGAAACGGCAGCAAAGGAAUGUAGAAAUGUGCUUGGCAAGGAUAAAUCUUUAUGGGAAGAUUGGGUUUUUCGUUUUAUUGAAAUGAGUGAACUAAAAGCCAUUGCACCUUAUAUACCCACCAAGGAUCCUCAACUUGGAAGUACUUUGUAUGAAAUUGUUUUGGCUUGGUAUAUGAAAACAGAUCAAAAGGUAUUACUGGAAACUAUUCAUCGUUGGCCCCGUGAACUUUAUAAUCUAUCCAAUAUCAUUGUUGCUGUUGAAGAUUAUUUGUCUAAAGAUCAAAACAAUGAAAUCUUAUUGGAAUGUUUGGCUGAUCUAUAUACUUACAAUAAUCAACCAGACAAGGCCAUUGAAUAUAACUUGCGAUUACGUCGUCCUAAUGCUUUUGAACUUAUUCAAGAAUACAAUAUGUUUGAUGCCGUCAAAGAUAAGGCGGUGCUUUUGAUGGAAUUCGAUCAACAUUUGAUAAAGAAACAAGACUCAUCAGCAAAACCAAACUCAAUGCCAGCCGUCCAACUCUUGGUGAAAAACACAGAAGCAAUGCAGCCAGCCAAGAUUGUUCGUCAACUCCGGUCUUAUCCUGAAUUCCUUUACAUUUAUUUGGAUGCUUUGUUUGAACGUGAUCAUCAUAUUGGUUAUGAAUUCCAUGAUAUUCAGGUUGAACUCUAUGCAGAAUAUGAUUAUAGCAAGUUAUUGAAUUUUCUUCGGACAAGUCAUUAUAUUUCAUUGGAAAAGGCCUAUCAUAUCUGUGAAAAGAAAGAUUUGGUACCUGAAAUGGUGUUUAUCUUGGGUCGUAUGGGUAACAACAAGAAAGCACUGAUGCUUAUCAUCAAUCGAUUGGGGGAUGUUCAACGAGCUAUUGAUUUUGCAAAAGAACAAAAAGAUGACGAUCUUUGGGAAGAUUUAUUAACCUAUUCUAUGGACAAACCAUUAUUUAUUCGAGGAUUACUUGAAAAUGUAGGAACUGAUAUUGAACCAUUACGUUUAAUCAAACGUAUUCCUGAUGAAUUGGAGAUUCCUGGUUUGAAAGAGGCAUUACUUAAAAUCCUUCAAGAUUAUAAUUUACAGAUGUCACUUCAUCAAGGAUGUGAAAAGAUCUUGGUCAGUGAUAGUGUCUUCUUGGCAGAUCGAAUGUACAAGACACAAAAACGAGGCAUCAACUGUCAACGUAAGUUUUUUUUUUUUUUUAAAAAAAAAGAAGUAUAA